AUGCCGAGACUCUACAUAACUUUGAAAUCUAUCCCGACCCCAUCUCUACAAACUAAAGUGAAACAAAUGUGGAAUGAUAGCAACGGUAGAUGGGAAACUGCCUUGAUAAUCAUGACUGAAAAUGAGCAGUUUUUGGGUGUGUGUAAGAGUUUUAAUCAACCCUUUUUGCCUUUUCUAAUAAACCAACAAUUUAGAUUUUUUGAAAUGCAAAUUAGACGACAUAGGCUUAUGAAAGCUUAA